AUGGAAAAUCUUAGGGCGAGAUUUAUUCUCUCCAUUCCGUUGCUUGUUUUGGGGCUUUUACUUGCUCGCGCACCGUUCAUGAUGACUUCGGUGGCCCCCUCGAAAUCGUGGGCCGAUGCGCCGUUGAAUCUGAUUACGACUCCCAAAUCCCAGACCGGGAAGGCCGAUAUCUUUACGUCCGGAGCAACACACAUGGCCCUGCUGCACAAUUCGAUCUUCCGAGGUUACAAUUCUAUAUAUCACCAAGCCCCGCUUGUUUCCGACAAGGAUAAGUCCGACUUUGUUGGCUACUGUCUCACCUGGUUCAAGUUCGUCAAAUCCCACCACGACGAUGAGGAGGCGACGUUGUUCACCAAAAUCGAGGAGCUCCUUAACGACAAGGCCGUAUUCGAGGAGACGCACAAGGAACAUGAGUCGUUCCUCGCGGGCCUUGCGGACUUCGAGAAGUACCUCUCCAGCCUUAGAACCCCUUCCGACUUUGCAGGCGACGAGCUUCUCCGCAUCAUGAAAUCUUUCCAGCAACCCUUCGAAGAGCACUUCCACAACGAAAUCGCGACCAUCUCCAACCUCGCCGAUCACCCAAACGCACCGAAGCAAGGGACACCGGAGAAUGAGGCGGCCUCGGCCACUUUCAAGGCUUGGGGGAAGAGCACUGUGACAAAAGCAGGCGUCACUGAUGUAGUGCCGUUCUUCCUACUCAACCUCGACCGGACCGUCGAGAACGGCAUGUGGGCGAACUGGCCCCCGAUGCCCGCGCCCAUCCGGUGGGGCCUGAUCAACCUUGCCGGGGCCUGGCGCUCCGGAUGGUGGAAGUUUGCGUCGUGCGAUGCUGCCGGCCAGCCGCAGGAGCUAUGGGCUUACCGGGCUGCUGGUGCGAAGGCUUGA